GUUUGUUGAUACAUCGAUAUAAAUUAUUAUUUACACACACUAUUUGCUAAACACAGGGUUAUGAUGUUGAAAUAGCUACUAUGCGCGUCAACCCGGUAGAACAGCCAGAACCAAAAAGGUCUAAACGCAGCACUUCUGAUAACAACUUAGAGUUUAAAGAUGAAUGUGUAGUGUUGCCCACAAAAGUUAGAGACUGGCUAUUACACAUUGGCGUAGAUGAGCUUAAAUACGCUCAAACUCUCUACCAGGUAGAGCAUGGGCAAAAGAAACGUUACUAUCGCUAUACAUCAGACCGCAAGUCGGCGUCUAGUAAUACACCAUUGUCAGAUACAACUUUAACUGAUGGUAAAGUCAACAAAGAUGGUUGUUUAGAACAGGAAUCCACACACACUGAUGAUGUAGAAGAGCAUAUUGACAGAAGAUUUGACAAUGGUGGAAAGAUUAGCCAAUGCAACCAAAACUCACCUAAAGGUGUGGUAUCCAAUGAUUGUUCUGCAUUCCAUGUAACUAAACCGGAUAACAUCGUAUCAUGGCUUCGUGAUGUUGAGCUUUACGAAUGCUACAGUUCUAUACCAGAGGGUACUAUUGGUCUUGAUGCUGCUAGCGCAGCUGUAGUAGAUGCUUUAAGACUGGGUGAACUUAUGCAUGCCAGUUCCACAAGAUGGAUCUUAGACAUGUGCUGUGCCCCUGGAGGCAAGCUUCUAGGCACGGUGAGCGCCUUGAGAAAUCUGAAUAACGGCGAGACCAAAUGGAAGAUUAUAGGUUUGGACACCAUUAAACGAAGGUUGGACGUAUGCGCUUCAUUUUUGAAAAAGGAGUCAGUUCCAAACACUGUUAGCGUCCAUCUACAGCAAUGUAGGGGACAGGACUUUGUUGAAUUUGACGGUGAAUCAAUGAUCGGCCGUUUUGAUCGCAUUUUGAUUGAUGCGGAGUGUACCCAUGAAGGGUCACUUCGAUCUGUAUUACGAACUUUGAAGUAUUGGGGUGCAGAUUCUUUAGAAUCACGAUUUACGUUAGAGCACGCUGAAAAUAUAAUCGCUAAUCAACGUGAGCUACUGAUCCAUGCAAUAAAGCUAUUGCGUCCUGGUGGUAUGAUUAUAUAUAGCACCUGUUCACUACAUGAAGAACAAAAUGAAAUCCUUGUGGCCAAUGUUGUUAACCAGUUUGCGGAUCUAAAGUUCCGGCAGCUGCCUACAAAAUAUUGUGAACAUUGCUUACCAUGCAGCAAUAGAAAGGAUCCUUGGCCAGCUGUAUCUACUGAAUUGUGUCUUCUGAAAUGCUCUCGUGAAUCUUAUUUACCAGACAGGUCCUCAAAUGAUCACCUCUGCUCUAAUAUGGAUUCUCCUGUUUGUGUCAGGUUCGAUCCUUUAGGGCCUGAUACGGAUGGUAUAUUUAUGGUAGCCAUAACUAAAUUGUGACAUGCUACAACAUGAGUAGAUAAUUACUAUUAUGUGGCAAACGAACAUUGCUAAAGUUGGUAAAUAAUCGUUGUUGACUUACGAACCACGUUACACUAUCGCAACUUUUAAACAGUAAUACUAUAGAUAUAUUGUAAAAAUAAUUAAUUUGUUGUGUUAUGGUUUUAAUCAUGCUAAAAA